UCCAGUAUACAACAGUAGCAUUACAGUUAUUGGCCAGUAUAUCUAUCGACUCUGGUGCCAUCUAUCGUCUAUUAUGAUUAAAUCAAAGUUUUGAGGGAAAGAGUUUGGACAGCUUUGGUGAUUGAUGCUGGAGUUAUGAAGCCAACAAAGUUGUCAGAAAACCUCUUAAAUGUGUAUAAUUUAACACGAAAUACUUUUUCUGGAACAAAAACUUAAUUACUGAAGUACUUAUGGAUUACAUGUUCAUCUUCAGCAAUGCUGUUGACUCCUGAAAAUAGAUUGUGAGAUCUUGAUCCAAAAUGAAGUUUUGGGCAUCAUUGCUCAUUGUAAUCAUCUGCCAGAUCAUUCUAAUUGAAUGUAUAUAUCUACCAAGUAAGAAUGAAACUAAAGAGGAAGAGUUUAAUUUUAUAUACAAUUAUGCUGAUGACAUUUUUGAAAAGAAUGUUAACAAAGAAAAUAUGUAUACAUCUGUGAUGAAAGAGAAAAAUUUCUUCUCAAAUGUCAUAUCUUUUGGGUUUCAUAUGUUAAAUAUAAAAAAGGUUUUAAGGGAAAUGAAAGAAGGAAUUACUUCCUCAGCAACAUGCUUAGCAUGUAAAUUUGGUGUAGGAAUACUUCAGCAUUUAGUUCAAGAAGGAAAAUCUGAAGAUGAAAUAGGCCAUUUUGCUGAUAUUAUUUGUACAACUUUCAAAAUUGAAACAGCCAGAGUAUGCAAAGGAAUCACAAAUGCCUUUAAAAAUGAAGUUGUACAAGUCUUUGCUAAAGUUGUGCUAAGUCCAAGAGAAAUAUGUGGAAUAUUAUUGGGUGAUAAAUGUGCAAAAGUAUAUGAUCCAUAUCAAAAUUGGACUGUACCUCUUCCACCAAUUCCCAAACCACCCAGUAAACCAAUACAUAAACCAAAGAAAAAUGCACCUGUUAUCAAAGUUCUUCAUUUGUCAGAUACUCAUUUUGAUCAAUACUAUAUGGAAGGAUCCAAUGCUGAAUGUAAUGAACCUCUUUGUUGUAGAACUGCAGAUAAUCAAACUAUAAAUCCUGAUAAAAAAGCUGGAAAAUGGGGAGAUUAUAGAAAUUGUGAUACUCCUCUUCGGACUUUAGAAAAUAUGCUAAAACACAUUGUUGAAAAUCACAAGAUUGAUUAUGUAAUUUGGACUGGAGAUAUUCCUGCUCAUGAUGUUUGGAAUCAAACACGAGCAGAACAACUUUAUCUUUUACAAUCUGUUUCUAAAAUAAUGAUGAAAUAUAUGAAAAAUAUACCUGUUUAUCCUGCCUUAGGAAAUCACGAAAGUUUUCCAGUUAAUAGCUUUCCAAUUCCUCAAAUAGAGGGAAAAGAUUCAAUUUCUUGGCUCUAUGAUGAAAUUGUUACUGUUUGGAAACCAUGGUUACCAUCAACUGUUUCUUCCACAUUAGGAAAAGGAGCUUAUUAUUCUAUCAAAGUAAAACCUGAUUUUCGUAUUGUUUCCAUUAAUAUGAAUUACUGUAACACCCAGAACUGGUGGUUGCUAAUAAACACGACAGACCCGGCUCAGCAGCUUCGAUGGCUCGUUAAUGAAUUACAAACGGCCGAACUAAAAGGAGAAAAAGUUCACAUUAUUGGACACAUACCGCCAGGUAGUAGCGAUUGUUUGAGAGUGUGGAGUCGUAAUUAUUAUAAAAUAAUUCAAAGAUAUAAUGAUACAGUAACGGCUCAAUUUUUUGGUCACACUCACAUGGACGAAUUCGAAGUGUUCUACGAUACAAAUACUGCUACAGCAAUUAAUGUAGCGUAUAUUGGACCGAGUAUAACAACUUAUAACAGCGUAAACCCCGGUUAUAGAAUUUAUACCGUCGAUGGAAAUUAUGCAAAUAGUAGUCGAGUUGUUCUUGAUCACGAAACUUACUUUCUAAACCUAACUGAAGCAAAUUUGACGGAUAAACCAGUAUGGAAGUUCGAAUAUUCCGCAAAAAAGGCUUUCAAUAUGUCUUCUCUUCUUCCAUCUGAAUGGGAUAAACUUUUGAAAAGAUUUGACAAUGAUGAUAAAGCAUUUCAACAAUUUUAUAGAUAUUAUAGAAAAAUGAGCGACUAUUAUAAAGAUCCAUGCGCUGACGAUUGCAAGACCAAGCUACUUUGCAAGCUCAGAAACGGACAAUCUGGCAAUUGCUGACUUACUAUUACAAUUAAGAAAUUAAAUUAUAUAAUAAUAAUAAUAAUUCCAACCAUUUUGGAAAAAAAAAAAUUUGAAUUUUCUCUAAUAUCAGCACUGAACUCUGUAGAAAAUAUGACUUAUAUAAUCGAUCACCAAUCAAAGUUUAACAAAAUUUUCACCAUAAGAAAAAUAUAAUUAAGUAUGAAAUCAUGUUCUAUUGUACAAAAAAUUUUAAAUUUUUAGAAAUAUACACAGACACGAAUUUAUAGAAAUUAUGUAUAAAAGAAAUUUCUAUGGAUUUACAUCAGUUAUUGUUAAACAAAUCGUUAGAACUACUUAAAUAUUUUUAUCACUAGUCACAGCAAGAUAUAAAUAGGCUUAUAUAUUAUAUAUAUUGAUCAAAUGGUUAUAUAUAUAUAUAUACGUAUAAUGAUCAAAAUACCAAAGUUGCUAAUUACAAUUUUUCUGUUAUGUUGAUUGUUAAUAUUGAUUAAAUAUUGAACAAUGUUUAGCAAGAGGAACUUGCAAAAAUUAUAAAAUAGACACAAAUAUUUUUUUUAUCGUUGAGAAUAUGUUAUAUAUAUUCCAACUUUAAUAUAUUUAUUUUCAUAUUUUAUUUUUAUAGUUAAUUGUAAAUCGAUGCAAACUCAAUAAUAUAUGCCUUACUUUCCCAAAAUUGCACAAAAUAUGU